AUGGAUUUGAACAACAUCAAGAAACAGGUGUCAAAUCUGACCCUGUACGACAUCAAGGCCGGGGUGCGCAAAAUGCAAAAUGCUGUCAUGAACUACACAGAGAUGGAGGCGAAGGUCCGCGAAGCGACAAACAAUGAGCCAUGGGGCGCGUCCUCGACACAGAUGCAGGAGAUUGCCGAUGGCACCUUCAACUACCAAACCUUGAACGAGAUCAUGCCUAUGAUCUACCGGCGUUUCACGGAGAAAGCUGCCGAAGAAUGGCGGCAAAUCUAUAAGGCGCUCCAAUUGCUUGAAUUUUUGAUCAAGCACGGUUCCGAGCGCGUUAUUGACGACGCCCGAUCCCAUAUCACACUGCUCAAGAUGCUCCGCCAAUUCCACUUCAUCGAUCAAAACGGAAAGGACCAAGGAGUGAAUGUUAGACACCGGGCGAAGGAACUAGCCGACCUGCUUGGCGAUGUUGAGCGCAUCCGAGCGGAACGGAAGAAAGCACGGACAAAUAAAGGGAAGUUCACCAGUAUGCAGAGCAGCGGCGGCUUUGGCAGCUCUAGCCGCUAUGGCGGGUUUGGAAGCGAUUCCGCCCAUGGGGGCGGCGGCAGCUCGACAUUCGGCGGUUACUCAGGCGGAGUUUACGGUGACGGAGGAGGAUUUGGCGGUCAGUCCGACGACUACCGCUCUACCCAGUCCCGGGCGGAGAAGUUCGAGGAAUAUGACGAAUUUAACGAAGGGGAGCGCCCGACUGCGUCAGCAAACACCUCCCGGCCGCCACGCGCGACGACUGAGAGAGUAGGAGUGAAACGGACUACGGACCAACCGAAGAAGAAGGAGCCCGAAGUCGACCUCUUUUCCUUCGAUGAGCCCGCGGCACCCGCCACUGCCCCGGCCGGCUCCUCUGGUCUGGCGGCUCUCGACAGCGGCGCCGCUGAUGAAGACGAGUUUGAUGACUUCCAGUCGGCGACCCCGGCGACUCAGACGGCCCCACAGCAUGCGGCUCUCUCACCACCCAUCACGGCAGCUGCCUCAAACACUCCCAUUGCUGCCCCCCAGCCAGUGUCCGCACCGCAGCAGGCGAACCUGAGCGGGAUGGUUGCCAUGUCAUCUAUCUCGCCGCCUCCCAGCUCGACUGCCAGCCCCGCUGCUAAUCUCUCGGCGUUCGCUGCUCCACUUAACGCGAACACCCUCUCGCCCGCGUCGCAAGCACCCAAGCCAACGGGAUACCAGGCUUCGACCCCGAACUAUUUUUCCUCGGUCCAAAUCGCGCCCACUCAGCAGCCUGCCCCCCAACCCUUGUUGAGUGGAACUAAACCGGCUGGAGCAGCUGCAUCCGGAAAGCCAGCGAGCGGUGGUGACGCGUUUGGCUCCCUUUGGUCUCAGGCGAGCGUCGGCAUUAAAAAGAACACCCAAGCUGGCCCUGGCCCCGCUAUGGGUCAAUUAGCCAAGGAAAAGAGCAGCGCUGGUAUUUGGGGGGCUUCCGUUACUUCGUCGACCCCGAGCAACACUGCUGGAAGUGGUGCUAAGCCCCUUGGGAAUGGGCUGGAUGACCUGCUCGGUUAA